GGUAUUCACAUCGCGCAUCUUUACAAUGGUGUGAUUCCAGAUUUUUAUUUAUAGCAACUAACAACCCAAUUAAGCAAUACUUCUUUCCAAAUCUUCCUAAAGACUGUUUUUAAAGUUUAGUUCCCCGCAGCAAUGAGGCCAGAUGUGCAGAGAUGCCAACAUUGAGAGAGAUAAAAAAGACGGAAUUAGAUAUUUAUUUUAUUAGUAUUAAUUAAAAUACACCUUCUAGUUAUCGCUUCUAGUGUUUAUUAACUUUAAAAAUAAAUUUAAAAAAAUGAAAUAUUCCAACUGAGAUUUCGAUUUUAAACGAAAUGAACUUUCACGAAUAUAAUUUUGAAACGAAUGAGAAAAGGGAAAUCGUUUGAUGGACCAAUAUGGACAAUAUGACAUCGAAUGUCACUUUGAGGAACAAGCAACGGAAAGACAACUUAAUUACUCGGAAACAGGACAAGAGUCCGGAGAAGAGUAUCCGGGGGACCCGGGGGGCUUACCGGGCCGUGCCCUCGACUUCCAAGACUGAGGAGGAGACGGACCGGCUGGACCGCUCCAAGAAGUUCAUCUCGCAGAACAAGUCGGGGUAUGGGCUCGGCAAGAGACCGGAGUUUCUCAAGAACAGGAAUGUGCAUUUAGCCUCCUCGCGAUAUGGACAGAUGACGCCGGGGCUGCACGGGCACGGGAUCGCUGCGCCGGCGCACCAUCUCGAGCCCGCCGUGCUGCCCAAAGAAAAGACCGUCCAUGGCAAAGAGAAGACCUUCAAGGUGGUGGUCCCAGGCGAAGUCGGCGUGCUGAAGCCGGCCCUCGGGCCGCGGCCCUACAAUGCCCUGGCCAUCAUCCACACGCAGCCCAGCAACACCUUCGACAUGCUCAAUUCGCUCACAACCAGCGUUGCAAAUCAACCAGUAGGCGUGAGCGUGGGAGGGUACCGGCGCCGCAGCUCCGGCCAGGGCGCCUGCGACCCCGAGCUGGACGACAGCGGGAACAAACUCGUGGCCCGGCUGGAGGAUGACGCCUUCAUCUCCGAGCAAGAUCUGGAGGAGAACAUCGAGAUCGCGACGAAGGUUCGCCCGGAGGACGCCGAGGUGGAGGAGGAAGGCGCGGAGCCCACCAAACCCGCCAACGGUCUAGUGUACGGGGACCUGGAGCUGGACAAGUUGGACCUGCAGAAAGACAAGCAGAAGCCCGACGAGGAUGAAGAGGAGCCCAUCGGAGUCUCGCCCUGCGGCAGGUUCUUCAAGUAUGAUAAAGAAGUUGGGCGCGGGUCCUUCAAAACUGUCUACCACGGGCUCGACACGCAAACCGGUGUUGCUGUCGCUUGGUGCGAAUUGCUGGAAAAAAAACUAAACAAAACCGAGCGUCUACGCUUUCGCGAGGAAGCGGACAUGUUGAAGAAACUACAACACCCCAAUAUUGUCCGCUUUUACAACUACUGGGAGGGCGUCGUGGCCAAGAAGAAGAACAUCGUGCUUAUCACCGAGCUUAUGCUGUCCGGGACACUUAAAGCUUACCUUCGAAGAUUCAAGCGAAUCAACCCGAAAGUGCUCAAGUCCUGGUGCCGGCAGAUCCUCAAGGGGCUCAACUUUCUACAUUCUAGGACUCCUCCUAUAAUUCAUAGAGAUCUGAAAUGCGAUAAUAUCUUCAUAACUGGCACGACAGGCAGCGUCAAAAUCGGCGACCUCGGCCUCGCCACGCUCAAGAACCGCAGCUUCGCCAAGUCUGUCAUCGGCACCCCCGAAUUCAUGGCGCCCGAGAUGUACGAGGAGCACUACGACGAGUCAGUGGACGUGUACGCGUUCGGCAUGUGCAUGCUGGAGAUGGCCACCGGAGAGUACCCCUACUCCGAGUGCAGCGGGCCCGCGCAGAUAUACAAGAAAGUCGUCUCGGGUGUGAAGCCGCAGAGUUUGGACAAGGUGACGAUACCAGAAGUUAAAGAUAUCAUCGAAUCCUGCAUAAAGCCUGACAAAGGAGAUCGGCCCAAAGUAAAAGAUCUGCUGAACCACGAGUUCUUUGGCGAGGAUAUCGGACUGCGGCUUGAGAUCGUGGGCCGGGACCUCGUCACCUCCUCCGACAUCGCUAAAAUACAGUUCCGCCUCAAGAUCAUCGACCCCAAGAAGAGAUCAUACACCCACAAAGAGAACGAAGCCAUCCAGUUCGACUUCGAUAUGGAGCGCGACGACUGCCAGGACGUGGCCAACGACAUGGCUAAAGCUGGUCUCAUCAUGGAGGAAGACGCGAGACUUGUCUUCAAGCUUCUCAAGUCACAGCUCAUUAGUUUAACGAGGGAGAGGAGUGAGAAGAAGACGCAGAUGCUAUUCAACCAGCAGCUGAUAGAGCAGGACAGACAACAACAGAUGCUACUGGAGCAGCAGCUAAGGCAGGUUAAAAUGAUCCAAAAUCAACAAGUUGGACCGGUAGAAGUAGCAUCGGGACUGCUGAACGGCGUCGGAUCUCAACCAUUAGCGGCUGUGCAGUUAGACCAACAAUCCCAGCUCCUCCAAGCGCAGCAGCAGCUGUUCCAGCAGCAGUUCCAGCAGCAGUACAGCGAGGAGGCGAUGCAGCUGCUGCAGCACAACCUGCGCCAGCAGGCGCGCCUCUCGCCCGCCGCGCAGGCCCCCGCGCCUCACCAGCUGCUUCAGCACCAGCAGGUGUUGCUAGAGCAGAAUAUGAAGCAGCAAGUUCUAAUGGAGCAGAAUCUCCGCAACCAGCAGCAGAUGCUGGAGCAGACGCAACAGCUAGAGAGCCAACAGCUGGAGCCUAGCAGCUUGCUGAGCCAGCAGUGCAUCGCCAACGAGAUCAGUAACCAGCACCAAGCGUUGCAGCAGCAUAUUAUACAGCAGCAGCAGAAUAUCAUUGCGCAACAGGCGGUGGCAAUCCAACAAAAGCAGCUAGAAGAACAACUAACACAAGACAACUUCAUUGCGCCCCCUGCCGUGGCCCCCAACCAACUGGACCCCUCUCUCCAGAAUCUCCAGAACGUGCUGGCGCAGAUCAUCCAGCGGCCCGACACUCUGCAGGCGAGGAAGGAGUCCGAGUCCGAGCAGCAGCCGCCGCCGCAGGAGGAGCUGCAGCAGCAACAACAAGAGCAGAUGCUGCAAAUGCAACAGAACCAGCUGUACCAGCAGCAGUACAUCCCACAGAACAUCCUGCAGGUGGACCCCAACAUCUUAGCGCAGAGCCAGCAAGUCGCGCAGGCCCAGCAACAGGUGAACCAGGCGCAGCAGCAGCUAAACAUGCAGAAGCACAUGGUGGCGCAGCAACAGCUAGCCCUCCAGCAGCAGAUGAUGACCCACCAGCAGCUGCAGAUGCCAGGACAAACCCUGUCUCCUCAGCACAUCCGAACCCUGCAACAGCAGCAGUACCUCGCACAGCAGGAACUGCAACUACAAUCGCAGCAGAACCUUCUCGACCAACAGAACCUGGCUCUCUAUGCUCAAAAGCAGCAAUUAAUGGGACAACAGCAGCUCAAAGUCGAGGAGAUGCUGCGAGCACAGAGACCCAUGUACCAGCGACAGGGCUCCGAACAAAGUCAAAUCAGCUCCGCGGACGUUCACGAUCAACUAGUCAACGAAUACCAAAAACCCCUCCAGAACCAGAUGUCCGUCGAGCAAUACAACCAAUAUGUGGAGCUGCAACAGCUGCAGAAGCCUGAGGAUUAUCACCAAAUGCAUCCCAUGCAGGGGCAGUCGCUGCCUCACAAUAUGAUGAACUUCAGUCUCGCGGGCGACCGGCAGAUAUCUAGUCAUGAAGGCACCCCGGUGCAGAAUUACGCCACGAACCCGCUCCAGAUGUACCAGCCAGCUCAGUCCCAGCCCGUACACAGCGUCAUGCAGUACCAGAACCAAAACACCAUGGAACAGCUGGAACAAGUCGCACAGUUGGCCAGUGUGCCGCAGUCUGUGCCGCAAACAGUCCAGAGCGUACCGCAGUCUGUACAGAGUUCUGUGCCGCAGGUGCAGACUUCUGUGCCGCAAACGGUGCAGAGUUUAGUGCCGCAGUCGGUACCCAAUUCAAUACCACAGGAGCUGGCAAUCCCCAACUCGUUGCCUCAAGAGAUCCGACCAGCUGUCUCCGAAGCGCCCCAAGCUUUAAACCUGCCCGAGCCGGAGAAUGGCGCAGGCAACGGAACACAUAUAGAGCAGUUCCACACACCACUCACAGAGUUCCCCUCAGGAGCCACGCAUGACGCCGCUAUACGGCAGCCUGACCUGGCAUCUGUGGAGGAGAAGCAAGACAGUCAAGAAGUAGGCACGGCGAUUCCAUCUCCAAUAACGGGCGACAAGAAGUCUCGCGGCUCCAAAAAGCGCUCGAGGGAGAAGGACAAACUGCCCAAGCUUACGGUGCUAGAGGUAAACGAGACGAACGUGGAAUGUCAGCUGGAGUCUAAGUCCAAAACGGUGACGUUUAAGUUCGACGUCACCGAUGUCAACCCGGAGGAAAUUGCUACCAAUCUGGUGUCAAAUAACUUACUGCCAGAUUGGCAAGCGAUGACAUUUAUGGAGUUGAUAAAGGACAUCGUGCAGCAAGUAAUCACCAACCCUGGCUGCACGCCGGUGCUAAAUCCGCAGCAUUCUGCGCUGCGUUUGCAGCUCGAUAAGACUGACUACGACAGCGAGACGACGGAGCGCGAGGAGAACCUGACGGACUCGAACCAGGACAACUCGGAGUGCACCACGCCCACCGCCAGCACCGACCACCUCGCGCUCGCCGACCUCGCAUUAGACCCGCCCCACGGCGCUGCGGGGCUCCCGGGCCCGCCCCAGGGCGCCGAGGCGGAACAUGAAGCGCCGCCCAAGCCCACACACAUAGACAAUAUCGCGAGGAAGAUCAGCACCGCCUCGUCUAUAGGUUCCAAUCAAUCCGACGGCGGGUCCGCGCCUCCGGACCGCUCGGCCAGCUCAGAAUCUCAGAACGGCGACAAGAAACCGCCCGCCUCCGCCUCCGCCUCCGCGCCCGCCCGCGCGCAAGAUCUCACGCUUCGUCGUCAGCCCCGUAGUCCCCAGACCUGCUGAACGCGAGAAACAAGAGAAACUGUAUUCAGAGGUCGCUAAAGAACCCAAGCCAGAAGUUAACGGACUCGAUAAGGACAAAGAAUUCGUUCCCACUCACCAGUACUCCGUACCUCAGCUCUCCCACGCCCCGCAAACUUUAACCGACCAUA